CAAUCUGUGUUAAAGAGGGUGCUCUUCUUCUCUGAGUGAGUCCUCCUGUUCACAGACGAUCUUUGGAGCGGUCCGCCUCCUCGCUCUACGCGGUGGGAGUGAGAGGUCUGACAGAGAGACGAUCUUCGGUGCCGGUGCUCUCAGCUGAUUCAGGAACAUCCUCCGGGACCGGAUCUGCUGUUACCGUAGCCGCUGUUACCGGGCUGUUACCGGACUGUUACCGGGUUGUUACCGGACACUUCCCCUGGACCCGGCCCUCUACCGGCCGCUGCUGCCGUCUCUCGCCCCGGGUUGAGACGCUGUUCGCGGGGGGAGACGAUGUCCUGAUUCACUCAUCGAGCGAUGAGAGGCUCGAGUCCGGAGCGGACCGGACCGGCGGAGGCUCAGUUGACUGCGGGCGGCCGAUCCGCGCUCCUCGGGCCGGACGGAGGAUGGAGCUCGGCCGGGUCCUCGUCCUGUCCCUGCUGGCUGUGACCGUGAGCUGCUCCGGGACCUGCAAGCACCGAGUCCCCGCUCCGGACCAGGUCGUCCACCAUGUUCACCUGAAGCCUGAGCGCUUGACCAAGAGAAGCUCUCCUGACGACCUUCAGCUGAAGAUCAAGAUCAUCUACGACUACAGCGUUGACCAGCUUCCUGCAGACAAGAGGAGACUGGUGAAGGAUAAGCUGUUUCCUCAGGCCAUCGACUUCCUGCAGAGGGUGUUCAGUGUGAGGCAGAGGGCGGGGCCUGUGCUGCUCAGCAGACAAUGUGCCACCAGCCAGUACCUGAGGAAGAGGGAUGACCCUCAUCGCUACUGCCAGGGCGCCUGUGCAGACGUCACCCGCUGCGGCCCCGUCGUCGUGCCACAGCACCACCUGCAGCAAUGUAAAGUGUGCAGAGAGUCUGGGAAGUCCUGUGGCCCCUCCGGCCCCCCCGACGGCCCCGGGGUGGAGGGGUCUGACUUCGUGCUCUACGUCAGCGGCGUCCCCACCGAGCGCUGCGGACAGGAGAACAUCGUGGCCUACGCCGCCUACUGCCAGCUGGAGGCGGAGCUGGACAGACCUAUAGCAGGCUACGCCAACCUGUGUCCUGCUAUGAUCUCGUCUCAGCCUCAGGACUUCGAGGGGAUGCUCUCCACCGUCAAACACGAGAUCAUUCACGCUCUGGGGUUCUCAGCCGGUCUGUUCGCCUUCUACCACGACGACGAGGGCAAACCUCUGACCCCCCGCUUCGCCAGCGGCCUGCCGGCCUUCAACGAGAGCCUGGGCUUGUACCAGUGGAGCGAGGCGGUGAUCAGGACAGUGAGCAGACUGUGGGACAUCAGAGGAGGAGUGAUGGUGCGACACCAGGUCCACGUCCUGGUCACUCCCCGUGUUGUGGCGGAGGCGAGGAGACAUUUUAACUGUCCCAUCCUGGAAGGGAUGGAGCUGGAGAACCAGGGCGGAACUGGGACUGAGCUGAACCACUGGGAGAAGAGGCUCCUGGAGAACGAGGCCAUGACGGGCUCCCACACCCAGAACCGUGUGUUUUCUCGGCUGACGCUGGCCAUCAUGGAGGACAGCGGCUGGUACCGGGCCAACUACAGCCUGGCUCAGAGGCUGGACUGGGGCCACGGCCUCGGCUGUGACUUUGUCAUGAAGAGCUGCAAGUUCUGGAUGGACAGACAGAGACAGAGGCGUCACGCGGUGACUCCGUUCUGUGACACGCUCCGAGCGUCUCCUCUGCAGCUCACCUGCAGACAGGACCAGCUCGCUGUGGCCGUGUGUAACCUGCAGAGGUACGAGCAGGAGCUGCCGCUGGACUACCAGUAUUUUGAGCAGAUCCCUGACGUGGCUCCCGAUCAGCUGUCGUUCUUCGGGGGGGCGGUGGAGAUCGCUGACUUCUGUCCGUUCAGUCAGGAGUUCAGUUGGCACCUGAGUGGAGAGUACCAGAGGAACUCGUACUGCCGCGUGUCGGAGAACCAGCCAGACUGGUGGAGGAACUACGGGGCGGAGCAGUACGGACCGGACUCUGUGUGUCUGAACCAGAAGUCGGCCUUCGUCAUGGAGCAGUGCACGAGGAAGAUGACGUACCCGGACUGGGGCUCCGGAUGCUACAAGGUGUGGUGCUCGGCCCAGGGCCUGAGGGUGUUGGUUCAGGACCGAUCCUUCCUCUGCGUCCGUCCAGCUCAGCUGCUGAGCGUCAGCGUCCGAGUCAACGACUGGGUUUACAACGGCGUCCUCGUCUGUCCCGCCUGCUCCGACUUCUGUGACGACUGCCCCCCCCCCCACCAGCUCCCGCCCGUCAACGCCUCCAGGACCAACCCCAUUGACCCGUGCUCCAGUUCUCCAGGUCUCCACAUCACUCUGUGGCUCCUGCUGCUCAACCUGCUCCCCCUAGUGGCUGGACUGCUGCUCUGCCACUGCAGCUGAUUAACACUGAGUUUAUGUGUGAAACAGCCACACGUAUUCUCAGUGACUCUGAAGCUGAAAGAACUUCUUCUUCUUCUAAAUGGGACAAUAUAAGGAGUUUAGUGACCCCUGGUGGCAGCAAGAGAUAACGUUUCUUUUUCAAUUUACAUGAUGGUUUAGCCAGACAACGCGUUCUGUAUUAAUAUAUUUAUACAACACUUUGGUGUCUUUUAGAGCCGGGUGGGGUGGAGGAGGCCCACCAGGAUCCCAGCCUCCUCCUGAUGAGUCACAUGAGACUAAAUCUGUCUCUACUUUUGCUAAUAAAGACAAACGGGAUCAAUCUGUGGCAGCUCAGUGGAGACCGGACGUCUGCCGGUCAGCUGUGAUUUAUUUUAAACGUCGUACAAAGACAACAGCAAUGCUUCUUAGGUCCUGUCUAGGAUUUUAUUUUCCUUUGAAAAAGAACAAACCAAAAUUAUGUCAUUUAAGGUUUGUACAAUGUAGGUUUGUCCAGAUCAUGUUUGUUUAAAUAAUCUGAUGUGAAUGAAAGGUAAAGCUUGACAGAUCUGUGUGAGGGAAGUCGUCUCCUUGGCUGUAAACAAAGAUGAAGACACGUCUCCACUUCCUCCUGUAAGAAUGAAGCUCAAACUCUCAGAGGCAAACGCUGCCACCGUGUGGUGAUAACGUCAUUUACAGUCUAGAGUCGGUGCAGUAAAGUGCUUCUGGAGCUGUAGUGUUGAGGUCCCGCCCACACAUGCUCUCAACCAAUCAGGAGUCAGUCUCAGCUGUCAAUCAUGACAUCUCAGCCUGUUUUUAUAUCAUCAAAUAACUUGAACAAACAUCAGAGAGAACGACAAAACCAUCUAUUUAACGUCUACUUUGAUUUUCUUUAGUCAGGUCCAUGUCCCAUCUGCUAACAUGGAUGAGGAGGGUUUCUGGGACUGUGCUGUAGCCAGCCACCAGGGGGAGAUGGAGACUUUAGAGUCGUCACGUCUUUCAUCUUUAUCUACUGGUUACGACUGAGCUGAGGUUCAGGUCUUAACGUGAUUGGAUGAAAACUGAGAUUUUUGAGAUCUGCUCUAACGUGAGCGUCGAUCAAACCGAUUUUAAAACAUUAGUUUGAUGUUUACAGUUUAUGAUUCAUGUGUCGUCGUUUGCAGUAGAUUCACCUCGUGUUUUUUAUUUAUAGAAGAAAUUCACCUGAAACGGUUUUUAUUUAUUCUUCUGUCUUGAAAGUUUAAAAUGUGAUGAAGAUUUUAGAUUCAGCUUUGGUAGAAGUUUUAUUAAAACCCCAGAUGUUUAUUUAAGCCGUUCUGAGAUUCCUUCAGUGGAUCUCUGGUCUUAAUCUGUUUCUGCUAACCCUCUGUUUUUUAGGAAAAGGGCUUUUUAAGACAAAUCACAAAAAAUAAAUGAAGUCUGUAAACCA